AUGCAUAUCAAAGACAAAUUGGCCCUGGCAGAGGCCGCUGGGCGACCAGGAAUCUCCUUUGAAUUCUUCCCUCCUAAGACAGCGCAGGGUGUACAGAAUCUGUAUGACCGUAUGGACCGUAUGCAUGGACUGGGACCAUCGUUCAUCGAUAUAACCUGGGGCGCAGGAGGCCGGCUGGCGGAGCUCACCUGCGAGAUGGUUCACGUCGCCCAGUCUGUUUACGGGCUGGAGACGUGCAUGCAUCUCACCUGCACUGACAUGCCGAGAGAGAGGGUUGAUGAUGCUCUGCAGAGUGCUUUUAAAGCUGGCUGUACGAAUAUUCUUGCUCUUCGAGGAGACCCGCCUCGAGAGAAGGAAGCAUGGGAGCAGACUGAAGGAGGAUUCCGGUAUGCGAGAGAUCUUGUACAGUACAUCAGGGAGAAGUAUGGCAACCACUUCGAUAUCGGCGUUGCUGGUUAUCCUGAAGGCUGUGAGGAUGAAGAAGAUCCCGAACUGUUAAUGAAGUACCUAAAGGAAAAGGUCGAUGCUGGCGGCACUUUUAUCAUCACUCAAAUGUUCUACGACGCGGAUAAUUUCUUGGAUUGGGUGAAGAAAUGUCGACAGGCUGGAAUUAAGGUCCCCAUCAUCCCCGGCAUCAUGCCAAUUUCAACUUAUGCAGCCUUUAUUCGUCGUACCAACUGGGUUAAGUGUGCCGUGCCCAAGGGCUGGAUGGAGGCUCUUGAGCCUGUGAAGAAUGAUGAUGCCGCUGUUAAGCAGAUUGGAAAGGCCCUGGUGUCCGAAAUGUGCAGAAAGCUGCUUGAAAAUGGCAUCAACCAUUUGCACUUCUAUACUAUGAACCUUGCACAGUCCACGACCAUGGUUUUGGAAGAGCUGAACUUGAAACCCUCCACCGAAACUCCUCUUCAGAAGCCACUGCCAUGGAGAAAGUCACUGGGGCUUGGAAGGAGAGAAGAAGACGUUCGACCUAUUUUCUGGAGACACAGGCAUCAAUCCUAUGUUGCACGCACCCAGUCUUGGGAUGAAUUUCCUAACGGUCGUUGGACUGAUUCACGCUCUCCUGCCUUUGGAGAGCUUGAUGUUUAUGGUAUUGGACUCAAGGGCACCAACGAGCAGAACAUUAAGCUAUGGGGUGAACCCAAGUCGGUUAGAGAUCUAUCAGAUAUCUUCGUUCGCUUCCUGGAGCAUAAGCUCGACAGGCUACCAUGGAGUGAAAGUGCAAUCACUCAGGAAUCGGAGAUCAUCAAGGACGAUCUGAUCGACCUCAACAACAGGGGCUUCCUUACCAUCAACUCACAGCCUGCAAUUAACGGUGCUAAAUCCUCUCAUCCAAUCUACGGAUGGGGUCCUCGGAACGGCUACGUGUACCAAAAGGCUUAUCUCGAGUUACUUAUCUCUCCAGCACUAAUCGAUGAGGUGGUCAGGCGAAUUGAAUCCAACGCGGACUUGACAUACCACUGCAUUAACAAAGAUGGAGAAUUAAAGACAAACUCGAGCGAUACUCCCAAUGCUGUCACAUGGGGUAUUUUUGCCUCCAAGGAAGUUAUUCAGCCUACAAUUGUCGAGACCGUUAGUUUCCUAGCAUGGAAGGACGAGGCCUAUAGACUAGGAGAUGACUGGGCCAAAUGUCACGAUGCCUCAAGCGCUAGUAGGAAACUGAUCCAGAACACAAUGGAUACCUGGUACCUCGUCAACAUUGUGAAUAACGACUUCCAUAAGACGCAUGAUAUUUUCGAUCUAUUCAAGGGCCUAGUUCUCAAGGACAUCGACACCGAAGUCAGCGGCACUCAACAAGCCACUGAACCUGCAGAAAACGGCACUCACUCAGAAGAUCCAGCAUCGAAGUCAGAGAAACAAGCUGUUUCUGCAAACUAG